GCAAAUCAUGACAUCAACGUCUCGUGUUGUUCCAAGUAUUCCAUGGACGGAGAUUUUUAAAUAUGAAGUGAAUAAAUUGACGAAAGCUGAUCAUCUGAUGAUUGUAUCAGAAUAUAUAAAAAAAACUUUAAUAUGUGUUGCAAUACAAGUAUGCAUCACACUUUGCGUUGUAAUCAGCGAAUCUAUAAU